AUGGAUAUCGCGUCUUCCUCUCUCUGUCAAGCUCACAAGGUUAUUCUCACUCGUCAACCUUCUUCUCGGGUCAACACCUGCUCCCUCGGUUCGGUAUCCGCUAUCGGAUUCUCGCUUCCGCAAAUCAGCUCCCCGUCUCUAGCUAAAUGUCGCCGGAAACGGAGCUCUUCUGGCUUCGUAAGAGCUGCUGUUGCUGGUGGAGAGAAGACCCGAACAGCUAUCAUCAGAAUUGGCACAAGGGGAAGGGUUGGUCUUGGUUUCCUUAAUUCAGAUUCCAAUUACCGAUUUCGACCGGUCCUCUGUUCUGAUCCGUUUCCUGGGUUUGAGGGAGUUAUAGUGGACAAUGAAAGAUCUUGUCUUGCGAUUGAUUCUGCUCUAGUGGACAGUCCUCUAGCGCUUGCUCAAGCAUACCAGACGCGAGAAAAGCUCCAGUCAAAACACCCAGAGCUCACUGAAGAUGGAGCUAUUCACAUCGAGAUCAUUAAAACCACCGGCGACAAGAUUCUCUCUCAGCCGCUUGCUGAUAUUGGUGGGAAAGGACUUUUCACCAAAGAGAUAGACGAGGCCUUAAUCAACGGUCAUAUUGACAUAGCUGUUCACUCCAUGAAAGAUGUCCCGACUUACUUACCUGAAAAAACGAUUCUACCUUGCAACCUUGUGCGUGAGGAUGUUCGAGAUGCGUUCAUUUGUCUGACUGCAGCCUCAUUGGCCGAGCUUCCUGCCGGAAGCGUUGUGGGAACAGCUUCUCUCAGGAGAAAGUCGCAGAUACUCCACAAGUAUCCUUCACUAAGUGUUGAGGAAAACUUUAGGGGUAAUGUGCAGACAAGACUAUCAAAGCUUCAAGCAGGAAAUGUCCAAGCAACUCUCUUAGCAUUAGCUGGUCUUAAGAGAUUGGGUAUGACAGAGAAUGUCGCAUCUAUCCUGUCACUUGAUGAAAUGCUUCCUGCUGUUGCUCAGGGAGCAAUCGGAAUCGCUUGUAGAAGCGAUGAUGACAAAAUGGCAAGUUACUUAGCGUCAUUGAACCACGAGGAAACAAGACUAGCGGUUGCAUGCGAGAGAGCGUUCCUUGAAACGCUAGAUGGCUCAUGCCGUACUCCUAUCGCUGGAUACGCAGCCAAGGACGAAGAAGGCAACUGCUUUUUCAGAGGAUUGGUUGCUUCCCCUGAUGGUACUCGAGGUAUGAAAACAUUCGUACACUAUACCAUACACAUUCCCAUCUGA